GUGUGUGUGUGCGUGCGUGAGCGUAUGUGUGUGAGUGUGUGUGGAGGAGGGCAGCGCGGAUGCAGGACGGUGGACCGUGGACGGACAUAAGACGCGCGGACAGUCGUGGACAGUGAUGGGCUCUGCCAUGCGACGGCGAUGGUUUGUGGUGCCACUGCUGGUGCAGGCAUGGCUCUCUGCAAAUUUCUGUUACGGUGAGAAGCCAUGCCCACGGAGCUGCCGUUGCGAUGGCAAGAUUGUGUACUGCGAGUCCAGUGCAUUCCGUGAUGUGCCCAAAAACCUCUCUGGUGGGUGUCAGGGCCUGUCCCUGCGUUACAACAGCUUGGCCAGCUUACGUGCUGGCCAGUUUGUUGGCCUCAAUCAGCUUAUUUGGCUCUAUCUGGACCACAAUUACAUUGCUAAUGUGGAUGCAAGGGCCUUUCAAGGAAUAAGGAGGUUAAAAGAGCUGAUCCUGAGCUCUAACAAGAUUACACUCCUGCAUAAUACCACCUUCCACUUGGUACCGAACCUGAGGAACCUGGAUUUGUCCUACAACAAACUACAGGCUCUGCAGCCAGGCCAGUUCCAAGGCCUGCGCAAACUCCUCAGCUUGCACAUGCGUUCUAACUCCUUGAAGAACCUGCCGUCUCGCCUUUUCCAGGAUUGCCGCAAUCUCGAAUUCCUUGACCUUGGCUACAACCGUCUGCGCAGCAUCACACGUAAUGCGAUGUCAGGGCUACUGAAGCUGACCGAACUGCAUCUUGAGCAUAACCAGUUCUCCAAGAUCAACUUUUCCAACUUUCCCAAGCUGUAUAACUUGCGUGCCCUAUACUUACAGUGGAACCGCAUCCGGACCAUGAGUGAGGGCCUCACGUGGACCUGGUCAUCUCUUCAGAAGUUGGACCUUUCAGGAAACGACCUACAGGAGGUUGAGCCGGAGGUGUACCAGUGCAUGCCAAACUUGCAGACGCUUAACCUGGAUUCCAACAAGCUGGUUAAUGUCUCGCAGGAGGCAGUGUCGGCCUGGAUAUCCUUGACAAUGAUCAGUUUGGCUGGAAACAUGUGGGACUGUGGGCCUGCCAUCUGCCCCCUAGUGACCUGGCUGAUAAACUUCCGUGGAAACAAGGAGACUCCCAUGAUUUGUGCCUCACCCAAGGAGGUUCAAGGUGAGAAGGUCAUGGAUGCUGUGGAGGCAAGUGGAGUCUGCAGAGUCACACUUGUUACACCAUCAGUUGUGAGUUCUCCAUCUACCCUUUCUGGUACCCCUGCUCUGAAUGCAGCCCUUCCAUUUGUCCCCACACUUCAGUCUGGAGGCAGCAGAAAGGGCCAGGGCACGUCCUUGCAACAUCCCACCCCUUCAAGACCGCCUCAGUCUGAUGUGUCUCCUCCUGAACAAGACUUUGAGCCAGUGUCCUUUCAUAAGAUAGUGGCAGGGAGUGUUGCCCUGUUUUUGUCGGUUGCAAUGAUCCUCCUGGUGAUUUACGUGUCAUGGAAGCGCUAUCCAAGCAGCGUCAAGCAGCUGCAGGAAAACUCAUCAUCUGCCCGCAAGCGCCGGAAAAAGUCUAGGGAGACUGAACGUACGCUCAGCACCCCCUUGCAGGAGUACUAUGUGGACUACAAACCGUCAAGCUCCGAGGCCACAGAUGUUCUGGUCAACGGCACAGGGCCAUGUACCUACACCAUCUCCGGUUCCAGAGAAUGCGAGGUCCCUCACCAGAUGAGUGCUCUGACCUUCUACCGCUAUGAGCAGCCUGUGGUGGAUUACUGCCAGGCCCACCAGCCUCUGCGUCUCAACAUGAGCUACGAGGGUCCGCCGCAGGGCCUGGAAGGGCUGGACGAGUUAGUGCCCCGCGAGAGGAGCACCAUCCAGACCGUGGCGUUGCCCGCUGUACCGCCGUCUGGCUCGGGCACCCUUGGGCCCUGCUCCCCCCCGACCAUCAGAGCUCCAGGAGAGGGGCCCAGCAUGCCCUAUCCCAGCACAGAACGCUCCAUAAGCUACCCAACCACCGAGCGCACCACUAGCACCCUGACAUUCGGACGCUAA